GUUGAACGUUUCUUUCGGUACCAAUCGUGUCAUUAUCACGCAACAUAGCAGUGUGGUCUUUAAGCCUGCAUUAAUUCCUUCAUUUUUACGUUUGUACUCAUUCGUCCAUCGUAUGAAGAACUGAACUUAAUUAAUCCUUCGUGUCUGGAUCAACUCAAGUCGUCUCAGUGAACGUUGAAGUCAGGCUUAGCUUGCUGGCUAGCUAGCUAGCUUAGCUUAGCUUGCUAGCUGCUAACAAAGAGGCACGAAAGUGAUCAAUACGUCGCUUAGCAGACAUCAAAUCAUCGCCGGUAUAAUGUGCAGACCAAACGAUCGGGACUUUCGCAUCUUGUGAACUGGAGCAACUUAAAUCCGUCGAUUGGUAAUCCAUACAUCUCUGUGCCAUGUCUGCCUUAGCAUCACCGGUAAAAUGUGCAGACCAAACGAUCGGGACUUUCGCAUCUUGUGACACUGGAGCAACUUAAAUCCGUCGAUUGAGGUCUGCGAAGAACCUCUUCUCUCUGACCAACAGAAGUGGAGUUUUAGCAUGGAGCAGAAGGAGCCACAUCCCUGCCCCUUCAAAGAGGAAGAGGAGUUGGCACAAAAUGAAGAGGCGGACCCACUGACCCUGCGCUUUAAAGAGGAGGAGGAGGAACAUAGCAUCAGUCAGGAGGGGGCGCGGCUUGAACGGCUGGAGGAGUUCCCGGUGAUUCGUGUCAUCGUGAAGAGUGAAGAUGAUGAGGUCAAGCGUGAAAGUGCGGAGAAGAGAGGGGCGGAGCCUCCAAGUAGCAGCUCCACUGAACACAUCUGUGGAGGAUCACAAUCUGACGAGCGCUUAGCUCCACUAUCAGAUAUUGACCCUGAUGAUGAAGGCUCUAAAGUUGAUAAGACAUGUCACACUGACCACACGUGCUUCCAAUGCUCUCACUGUGACAAAACCUUUAACCACCAUUGUCGCCUGAAAGUACACAUGAGAAUACACACCGGAGAAAAACCCUUCUCCUGCUCAGAGUGCGGGAAAUGUUUUCUACGAAAAAACGGGUUGAAAGAACACAUGCAAACGCACACUGGUAAAAAACCUUUUAUUUGUUCAAUCUGUGGUAAAGAUUUUGUACAGAGACAUUAUUUAGAAAUACACAUGAGAAUACACACCGGGGAAAAGCCUUUUUCGUGUUCAAUCUGCGGUAAAAGCUUUAUAAAAAGUCCCAGUUUGAAACUGCACAUGAGAACACACACCAAAGAAACCCCUUUCACCUGCUCCAUCUGCAGCAAAAGUUUUGUCGAAAGUAACAAUUUUAAAGUGCACUUGAGAACGCACACCGGAGAAAAACCCUUCGUCUGUUCAAUCUGCGGCAAAGGUUUUGCGCAGAGUCAACAUUUAAAAGGACACAUGAGAAUACACACCGGCGAAAAACCCUAUUCCUGUUCGAGCUGCAGCAAAAGCUUUUGUGACCGAUCGACACUUGUGAAACACACGAGAACACACACCGGCGAGAAAGUGGUGAGUUGCAGUGUGUGCGAUGAAAGGUUCGCUUACAAGUACCAGUGUGACAAACACAAUUGUGCUGGUGAGAACAGCAGCAGCCAAUGAAGCUGCAGGAUUUACUUUCACUUUCUAACAACAUUAGCACAUAUAACAUGUGUGACACUUUGUUGUGUCCAACACAAUCUUGUUAAUAUGCUUUUACCUCUUAUAGAUUAGGUAUUUCAGUCCAGUACCUGCAUUAAUAUACAGCAUUGUGUCCUUUAAAAAAAAAAAAAAUGAACAGAACGAUUUGACGGAAGAGGUGUAAGUAAACAGUACAAAACAUGUGUUACAUAAGGUAAACAUUUCUUGUGUAUAUAGUAGGGGUGUAACGGUACGUGUAUUUGUAUUGAACCGUUUCUGUACGGGGGUUUCGGUUCGGUUCGGAGGUGUACCGAAAAAGAUUCCACACGGACAUAUUAGGUAGUAGCGCACCGCACGUUGUGUAAACAAUGCAGAGCGAGGCACAACACUCGGCAGGCUAGCAGCGACCAGGCGAGGACAACAUGCAAAAGCCAGAGCUGGAAGACCCUCCUGCCUCGUUAACAUCCCCCCUAUGGGAACACUUCGGCUUCGUGGUGCGAUACAACAACGGAGGACGGAGGUUUGCCGACAUUGUUCAGCAGCAGUAGGGUAUGCUUCUGCCAACACGUCAAACAUGCUAACCCCUUUGAAGCGGCACCACCCCCAAGUCAAGCUUGCUUUAAGGAAAAGAAAGAGGAGCGUGGUGCAAACACUGCAUUCAAGCAGCCUCUCCUCGGCUAACCAGGCAGGGCUAUAGCAAUAACAAAUAUAGCAGCACAUUUAAGACCAUCCGUCCAUCCAUUUUCUACCACUUGUCCCGUUCGGGAUCGCGGGGGGUUGCUGUAUUGCAUUAAAACUAGUGUGGUGGAUUGGUCUGAAGCUUAAACAGCAAACAAAGUGGAUUUAGUACAAAAGUUUUAUUUACCCAUAAUCAAAAGUACAGAGUUGGAUUGAAUUGCUCGUGCAUACUGACAACAUCCUCCAGAGAAACGUGGAUGAUCGAAAUCAUGCGAAGCACACCAUAGUAUUGGUCUAUCGGCCUUUUAUAUGUUUCCCUCAUGUGUCCAAAUGUUUUGGACCUAUUUGCUCUGCAACAUCCUUAAAUCCCUUAGUCAUAAUAUACAAUCAAAACAUUUUGUAGAAUGGUCAACCCGACCACAUAUUCAACUUUCACCCACAUAUGCUCUUCCGCUGAUUCAGAGGCUUUUAGACAGACACAAAAUAUGGUCAGAAAUUCCACUACACUAGAUUUUGACCCACUUCUAUGGUGGAAGAACAAUAAGCACAUAUAUCCUCAUACUACCAAGGUAGCCAGGCUGGGGGGAAAGAAAAGUUAAUCUGAGGCUGAGUUGACGUGAAACUGUUUAAUUUGGCACUUUUUAUAUGUAGAAGAAAAGUUUUGUCUUUUUAUUUCCUCUGUGGACCCCGACUUAAACAAGUUGAAAAACUUAUUGGGGUGUUACCUUUUAGUGGUCAUUUGUACGGAAUAUGUACUGUACUGUGCAAUCUACUAAUAAAAGUCUCAAUCAAUCAAUCAAAAAAAGCAGUUUAUAUGUAGAAAGGUUUUGUUAAGGAACCAUUCUGAGCCUUAUUUAGUUUUUAUUUUAUAUAUGUUGACCACAUUAACCCUGGCAAUGGACCCUGUGUUUAUCAUAUGUAUGUUACGCCAUUGUUUACAAAUUUGGUAAAUAAAUAACCAAAAAAUGUAUAUUUUGUUGUUUUCUUACUAUACCGAAAAUGACCCGAACCGUGACCUCUAAACCGAGGUACGUACCGAACCGAAAUUUUUGUGUAGCGUUACACUCCUAGUAUAAAGAGAUUCAUCAUUCACUUCAGUGACGUGCGGGGAGGUUUAUAGCUGGUGAGGCACUGACUUAAUCAGAAUCAAAUUUACAAAUAUACAGUAUGCGGUCUGCGCAGAUUAUAUGCCAUUUUAUUGGCAGCAGUUUACGGGUUAUGUUUAAUUUCUGCAUUCUUUACACAUACAAACUGUCGCCCACAAAAUGUGCAUUUCAUUAAAAACGAAACAAAAAUAAUGUUAUCGCCGUCUUACGUUAUAAAUGAAGUCCAUGCGCCGGUCCUUCUGGAUAAAAAUAGUCAUCACUUUCUGGUAAAAGUCCUCCUUCACUUCCUUCAGUUUUAAAAGUCUUAUAAGAGUUCAACAUAGUUGCCGCGAUUAGCAGAGCUCCUACUCUCAUUUCCACGAAAUGCGAGCUGCUGUUUGGCGAGGAAGCAGGUCGCAUUGAUGACAUCUUUUAAAAUCUCUCGGUUCUCUUUUGCCUUAGUAUUGUGGAUGCUGAUGUUGAGUCGCCGCUGCUCAUCCAAAGCCAAGUCUAUCCUCGUCAUCCCAAACGUUUUUAGCGCAAUCUAGCUUUGAAUAUGAGCGGCCGAGCGCUCAUGUUUGAUGAGGCUUCUUUGCAAAUUCUUUAGGUCGCAAAAAUCCCAUUUGAGUCCACACAGUUCCACAGGUUGAAAAAAGAAGGCAAAGAGAGCAGAAAAGGCGGUUUCUUUCAGAACAUCCACAAGCCAGACUUUUCACUUAUACCACUCCGUUUGGAAAGAGCGAGUAACUUUCCAUCCUGCUGAUUGAAACAAACCAUUCAGCUCCGGUGUUGGUUUUCCUUUAGUAAUUAUCUCCUGCUUCGCUUGAAAGUCCACUUUAGAAAACUGUUUAAAGAGGAACAUUAUCACAAUUUCAAAAGGGUUAAAAACAAUAAAAAUCAGUUCCCAGUGGCUUGUUGUGAUUUUUGAACUUUUAUCAAAAUUUUACUGGUCCGGAAUAUCCCUAAAUAAAGCUUUAAAGUGCCUUAUUUUCGCUAUCUUCGAAACCACUAUCCGUUUUCCUGUGACGUCACACAGUGCUGCCAAUGUAAACAAACAAUGGGAAUACCACAGCAAGAUAUAGUGACAUUAGCUCGGAUUCAGACUCGGAUUUCAGCGGCUUAAGCGAUUCAACAGAUUACGCAUGUAUUGAAACAGAUGGUUGGAGUAUGAAAGUAUUGAAGAAGAAACUGAAGCUAUUGAGCGAAUAGCUAUUGACGCUAUUCAUAGCCAUUGCAUGGCCGAAUAGCUGCGUUAGCAUCGCCGGCAAAAGGUGCGGACCAAACGAUCAGGACUUUAGCAUUUUGUGAUAAUGGAGCAACUUAAAUCCUUCGAUUGGUAAGUGUUUUUUUCGAAUUAAAUGUGGGUGGAAGGAAACGUAAUAUAGUUGCAAAUGCAUCUGCAGGUUAUCCAUACAUCUCUGUGCCAUGUCUGCUUUAGCACCGCCGGUAAAUAGCAUGUUAGCAUCGAUUAGCUGGCAAUCACGCCGCGACCAAAUAUGUCUUGAUUAGCACAAAAGUCAACAUCAACAAAACUCGCCUUUGUGAUUUUGUUGACUUUAUCGUUGCAAAUGCAUCCGCAGGUCAUCCAUACAUUUCUGUGCCAUGUCUGUCAUCGCCGGUCAAAUGUGAAGACACUACAGGACAUUCAAUGGGGGUCUGGCGGCAGACACUUUCGCAUCUUCGGUGCAACUUGAAUCCCUCCCUGUUAGUGUUGUUACACCCUUCGACAACACACCGACGAGGCAUUAUGUCUCCAAGGUUUCAAAAAGUAGUCGAAAAAACGGAAAAUAACAGAGCUGAGACCCGGUGUUUGUAAUGUGUAGAAAAUGAAAAUGGCGGCUUUAUUACCUCAGUGACGUCACGUUCUGACGUCAUCGCCACCAGAGCAAUAAACAGAAAGGCGUUUAAUUCGCCAAAAUUCACCCAUUUAGAGUUCGGAAAUCGGUUAAAAAAAUAUAUGGUCUUUUUUCUGCACCAUCAAGGUAUAUAUUGACGCUUACAUAGGUCUGGUGAUAAUGUCCCCCUUUAAGUGCGAAAAUGUAGUCAUCCAUGUUGAAAGUCGGGGUGCACGAGACGGAAAAAAUAAGUCGCUGCGGCACUUACCCUCUGAGGCCACCGUAUGUCUGGGAUCAUGAGCGCCCCGCCCCUAUCGUGAGGCACGAGAACUGUAUGCCUCAUCUCAGACUUUUUUCUCUGCCGUUUUGAUGGCUCAACCAACACACAAAACAUGUUACUCGCUGCGGCACUUGACUCGCUUACGCCACCGUAUGUGUCUGCUCAUGAGCGCCCCUAUCGUAAGACACGAGAACUGUUUGCCUCACCUCAGACCUUUUUCUCUGUCAUUUAGAACGCUCAGCAACACACCAGACAAGAACGCACUCUGGCCGCACGGCAGACAGAGAAAUUUAUGAGGGAUUGCAAAAAUUCUGCGAUUUUGAAGAAAAAAAUAAUCCAGGUUGGUGAAGCUAAAUGAAAAUUAAAAACUAACAAUUACAAUUAUUUUAUCGUCAUAUAUUUUAUUUCUUUGCAUGAUCACAGAUCACUGCCUCCCCUGACCGCACGUCACUGAUUCACUUUUAUACUUUAUUUUUAUAUAAGCUUUUAAAACAAUGAAUUGUUGAAUAUUUUCAUUUCUAGUGCGAAAUUAUUCCAUAGACAAACUCCUUCAUAUGAUUUAGAUAUUUAUUUGACAUUUGAUCACACCUUUGCUUUUGAGUACACGUAAAAGUCGCUCCCAGCCGUUACACGGGUAGACACAGCACUGGAGCCAAGCGUGCAGUUUUUGACCAAGUUCUAAUGUACGUAGAUUUUUAUCACAAGUUUUUACUCCAGCAGGACGCCACUUUUCAGCCACAUCCUUAUCCUUUCUCCCCUCCUGCUCCCGGCUGCUUACUGUUAAAGACAACAGAUGAUUAGAUUAACACGUACCACCUGUGAAAUCUAAUCACAUGCCAGGUGUGUCUCGCCGUCAGCACAUGCCCCAACCCUAUCCGAUGGUUCUCGUCCCUCAGCAACAUAGACAGAGGCGGUGACCUUUGCUCCUGCAGGUGCGCUGGCCACACCUCCCUCCACAUUCAUAUUUAGCUGAAACUUCUUCUGGACCACUUUCAGAAGUAUUUUGUUAUGUACUUUAUACAUAAUUUGAGCAGUUGUGCUUAAUGCAAAAUACUUUCCUUUUAAAUUGUGUAACUUUAUGUAUUAUAUGUUGGGUUUUCAUAGUCCAUGCUAUUAAUUAUCUGUAUUACUGUCUUUUGUAAUAUGAAUCUUUUUUUGUAAUUACAUAUUUAUGUCCCCAGACCUUUAUUCAAUACGCAAUGUAUGCUUCAACUACA